AUGAAUUCUAGAGACCCUCCUAGUAAAAUUUUGUUAUUGAUCAUAACUUACUUGCCUCAUUCAUUCCCACUAACUAAUGAUUUUUUAUUUGAGACUUUUAAAUAGUAUGGAGAAGUCAAAAAAAUAUUAAUUUUCGAAAGAGGAAAGACAAACAAAGCAUUUGUAGAAUACAAUGAAGUUAAACAAGCUAUUUCAGCAAGACGUAAUAUGAUAGGAAAAUCCCUCACUCCUUAAGGUGGAAAGUAACACUUUCAGUUAUAUUUAUACCAGAUUAUUGAUUCAUUAUUCUCGCUUGAAAUAACUAGACUUAGAAGUGGUUGAUCAUACAAGAGGUUCUGAAUACCAUUCUGAUGAUGAAGAAACACAAGGAGAAUAGAAGUCUUCUUUAUAAGCGAUGACGCUACCUAAUUUAAAUCAGGUAUCUCCUCCUUUAAUCAAACCUUAAUCUAUUGAAUAAAUGCCGAAUAUUUAAAAUCAAUUCAAUGAUAUACUCAAAAUUACAGAAGAAUCACCCUCUAAAGCAAUGUAACUAUUUUAUUAUCUAUCUUCUAGAAUGGAAACUCAAUUAAGACAAUUAGAAAGAAUUUUAGAUGAUGAUUAUGAAUAAGAAGUAGCCAAAAUUUAAUUCACUCAAUUAGAUUCCAAUGAUUUGGUCAUCUAAGAAUUAUUAAAUCAAUAACCAUCUAAAUUUCUUAAAGUUUCUAAUCUAGAUGAAAGAGUCACUCCAAGAAUGCUUUAUAAUCUAUUUAACAGAUUUGGACAUCUGGAAGCCUUAUUAUUAAAAAAAAAUAAUCGAUAAUCAAUUCUAUAAUUUUUAAAUAAGGAGAAUGCAAUUAUAGCCAAAGAAUUACUCAAUAAUGUUGUUUUUUUUGGAAAUGAGGUUAGUAUUUCAUUCUAUUAUCCUAGUUGAGAAUCUUAUUCUAUAAUACUCAUAAUCCCCAACUAUAAUCAAUAAAUUCUAAUGAAGAAUAUUAUCAAGGUAGUUAAACCAAAUUUAAAAUUGUUCCCUUAACUAGAGUUCUCUAAUUUUCUGGAAUUCCUUAAUUAUUAGAAAUCCAAGACAUGGUUAAAUUAGUUGGGAAAAUUUAAGGUAAUCCUAAUAUCAUUUUUAGAAAUCAAACUUGAUACUUAAAAUAUUUAAAUCACUAUGGUUGAUAUCUAUGAAGCAUUGAAAGUAAUCUCAGUCUUUUCCGAGUAUGAAUACAAAGGAAAUAAAAUUAGUUUGACUUUAAAAUGA